UCAAAUUAAAACCUUUCCAGGAAGAAAGAAGAGGUCCCUAAGACGCAGGACCAGAAUUUUAAAAUGUUCUAGAAUCUCUGAAGCUCAAAGAUUGCAGGCCUCCUCCCAAAGGUUAUAAACAGUUGAUAGCCUGGUGGAGCUUCCUCCAGGUUGGGCCAGACAACUCCAGGACCCAUGCUGCAGUGUGUCUCCUGUGGUGGAUCCGGCUGCCUCCGAGUAUUCCUUCCUGACACUGAUCAUGUUCUCAAAUAUAGUGUGUAAGAAAAGGCUGCUAUCGUUCACAUCAUUUUUAGUAAUUUUCUGGAUGAUUUUUGCAAUUUCUCAACAUUCUGCAAAGCUUUGGACUGCUCUAAACACAUCUAUCUCCUUCCAGCCCUGGAACACUUCCAUGAAGUCUUCACCUCCUGAAAUUUCAAUGAACCAGUCAAAGUCACCAUCCCAUUCAGAGCUGAGAGUCAGGGAGAUCUUGGAGAAGUUAAACCAGCAGAUCCCACCCAGGCCCUUCCCCCACCUCAACACCACCACCAGCGCCACACACAGCAUAGCCACCAUCCUCAACCCUCUAGACAAGUACUGCGUGGGGAACCAGUUGCAUGUGCUGCUGGAGGCAAGGGAUUACCUGGGACGCAGAAAGGAGUAUGGUGGGGACUUCCUGAGGGCCAGGAUGUCCUCCCCAGCCCUGAAGGCAGGCGCCUCUGGAAAGGUGACAGACUUCAACAAUGGCACCUACCUCAUCAGCUUCACUCUGUUCUGGGAGGGCCCGGUCUCCCUGUCUGUCCUUCUCAUACACCCCAGUGAAGGAGUGUCAGCUCUCUGGAGAGCAAGGAACCAAGGCUAUGAUAGAAUUGCCUUCAAAGGCGCAUUUGCUAAUGGCACCUCCCAGGUCUCAGCUGAAUGUGGCCUGAUCCUAAACUCAAGGAAUGAACUCUGCAAAUACCUGCUCCGUGGUGGUGAAGAAGUCUUCUACUGUGUGAAGCCCCAACACAUGCCCUGUGAGGCCCUGACCCACAUGUCUACCAGGCAGCAAGGUGUUUCUCAUCUCACUGCCAAAGAAAAAGGCCUUUUCCAGAAGUCCAACAUAGGAGUUGAAAUGAUGAAGAGCCCUAAGUACAUUGCUGUCUCCCAAUGCAACAGAAGCAAAGCGCAGGCAAUUCUGGCCAAGCAAGAGACCAAGCAGGAUUACUGCAUGAAAUCUGAUCUGCUAAGGGAAGAGACACCCAUGGCUGCUAAUGAAGGUUCCACAGAGAAACAGGCAGGAGAGACUCCUAUGGCUGCAGAUGGAGAAACAAAUGGGUCUUGUGAAAAGAGUGGUGAUCCCAGCCAUCCAAAUAUUCAGAAGAGGAGCAGGAGUUACCUGACACAGGGGAGGAUGAAGACUGGCGACGAGUAUGACCUGAGUUCUGAAUACAGUAUCAAGAAGAAAUUUCUCAAGAGGAGAGAGAAGACUGACAGCCCCUGGAUCAAGCCUGCUCAGAAAAGGAGGUGGAGAAGUAGAAAGAAGGCAAGCAGCAUGCUUGGUUCCGAGGCUUGUAAGUCACCUCCAGGAAGCACAGAGCAGGCAGCUCUGGCAGACAGCGCUGGGUAUAUGGAAGUUUCUCUGGAUUCCCUGGAUCUCCGUGUCAGAGGAAUUCUGUCUUCCCAGACAGAAAAUGAAGGGCUGGCCAAAGGUCCGGAUGUGCUGGAGAUGGCUGGCCUCCAGGAAGUGCCUCUGUGCAGCUGCCCAAUGGAAACCCCCAAGAGCCUUGAGAUCAGCACCCUGGCCAACAACCAGUGCAUGGCCACUGAGAGCGUGGAUCGCGAAUUGGGCCAGUGUACAAACAGCAUGGUCAAAAGAUCAGCGGACCCCACUAAGGGAGGCUGCAGAAAACAGAGGGCUGGAGCUCAGGUGGAUCCGAAGGACGCAGAGGGCUCCACCUGUUUGCACUUGGCUGCCAAGAAAGGCCACUGUGAUGUGGUUCAGCUUUCAAAUGGACAGAUGCAUGUCAACUGCCAGGAUGAUGGUGGUUGGACACCUAUGAUCUGGGCCACUGAGUACAAGCACGUGGACCUGGUGAGGCUGCUGCUGUCUGGAGGUUCUGACAUCAAUAUCCGGGACAAUGAGGAGAACAUUUGUCUGCACUGGGCAGCAUUUUCAGGCUGUGUGGACAUAGCUGAAAUACUUCUGGCUGCUAAGUGUGACCUGCAUGCCAUGGAGGUCACCCAUGUAUAUCCAUGGAGACUCACCCCUGCACAUCACAGCCAGGGAGAAUCGCUACGACUGUGUUGUCCUCUUUCUUUCUCGGGAUCAGAUGUUACUCUAAAAAACAAGGAAGGAGAGUCUCCCUUGCAGUGUGCAAGCCUCAAUUCCCAGGUGUGGAGUGCACUGCAGAUGAGCAAAGCGCUUCGGGACUCAGCCCCUGACAAGCCUGCUGCUGUUGAGAAGACAUGCAAUCAUGCCUGCUCAUGCUGGAGGAACUGCCGCAAUUGUGUGGUGCAAAAUGGACUCAGGGCAAGGCUGCAGCUUUAUUGGAUGCAGGACAUGGGCUGGGGUGUGCGUUCCCUCCAGGAUAUCCCACUGGGCACCUUUGUCUGUGCAUAUGUAGGGGAGCUGAUUUCGGACUCUGAAGCUGAUGUUCGGGAAGAGGACUCUCACCUCUUUGAUCUUGAUAAUGAGGAUGGAGAGCACUCCAGCGCAGCUCUGGCUCAGCGGCAAGCCAGUGCGACUCAGGAGGCUCCGGAGAAUGGCCUUCCAGAUACCAGCUCUGCAGCUGCUGCUGACCCCUAUGAAUUGCCAACUGGUGGGGCCAGCUGGAUUCUCAGAAUCAGAUCCUGGGUUCUAAUCAUGAAAAUGAUGGCCAGUCGUAACUCACUGUGGGUGCUGCUGUUUAUAGUGAUCUUCUUGGUCUCCUUUACAGUUUUCAGAAACCCUCCAGAGUUGUGGGCGACGUUCAAGUUGCCUGUGUCCUUCAAUCGCUGGAACUCGGUCAUGAACUCCUCAUGCCCUACAGUGCCUCUGAACCCACCAGUUUCACCAAAAGAGACAGAGCUGAGAGUCAGGGAAGUCCUAGAGAAACUAGACAAGCAGAUUCCUCCCAGGCCCUUCCCCCACCUCAACACCACCACCAGUGCCAAGCAGAGCACAGCCAGCAUCCUCAAGCCUCGAGACAAGUACUGCGUGGGGGACCAGCUGCAUGUGCUGCUGGAGGCUAGGGAUUACCUGGGACGCAGAAAGGAGUAUGGUGGGGACUUCCUGAGGGCCAGGAUGUCCUCCCCAGCCCUGAAAGCAGGCGCCUCUGGAAAGGUGACAGACUUCAACAAUGGCACCUACCUCAUCAGCUUCACUCUGUUCUGGGAGGGCCCGGUCUCCCUGUCUGUCCUUCUCAUACACCCCAGUGAAGGGGUGUCAGCUCUCUGGAGAGCAAGGAGCCAAGGCUAUGAUAGAGUUACCUUCACUGGCCAGUUUGUCAAUGGUGCCUCUCAGGUCCACACUGAAUGUGCCCUGAUCCUAAACUCAAGUGUCGAGCUGUGCCAAUACCUGGAUGCCCAGGACCAAGAAGCUUUCUACUGUGUGAAGCCUCCAGAUGUUCCCUGUGCUGCCCUUACCCACAUGCAGUCGAAGAACAAGGAUGUUUCCUAUCUUAGCCAGCAGGAGAGGAGCCUCUUUGUAAGGUCAAAUAUAGGUGUGGAGAUUAUGGGAAAAUCCAAUGUGAUUACUGUCUCCAAAUGCAACAAAGCGGCUCCAAUGAAAGAGAAAUGCAAGUUCGGGAUGGCAUCUGUAACCCCUAGUGGGUAUGUCUGGAAGAACACCUGGAAUCCGGCCUCCUGCAGUUUGGCUCCCAUCAAAAUCAAAGACUGCCUGCGAGGAAAAUUCAUCCAUUUAAUGGGUGACUCCACACUCCGCCAGUGGAUGGACUACUUCAAAAGCAUAGUCAACACACUGAGGUCUGUAGAUCUGCAUGAGAUUGGAAAACUGAAACACCAACUUGCUGUGGACUUGGAUGAGAAAAUCAACAUCCAGUGGCAAAAACAUGGUUACCCCCUUAUUGGAUCAUUGGUCUACUCUGUUAAAGAAAUAGAGAACAUUGCACGGAUAAUUGACAGAACUGGAGGAGAGAAAAACACAGUCAUCGUCAUUUCUCUGGGCCAGCAUUUCAGACCUUUUCCCAUUGAUGUUUUCAUCCGAAGGGCUGUCAAUGUUCACAGAGCUCUUCAGCGUCUUCUUCUGAGAAGCCCAGAUACUAUGGUUGUCCUCAAAACAGAAAACAUCAGGGAGUUGAGCAGUGAUGUGGAAAGAUUUAGUGACUUCCACGGUUACACCCAGUAUCUUGCCUUAAAGGAUAUUUUCCAGGAUCUCAAUGUGGGUGUCAUUGAUGCCUGGGAUAUGACAAUUGCAUAUGGCACAAACAAUGUCCAUCCACCACAGCAUGUAGUCGGAAGUCAAAUUGAUAUAUUCUUAAAUUAUAUUUGCUAGGGAACACACAACUCUGAAAGUCACUCAGUGAACUUAAAAGAUACAGUGAAUCCUGCUGGCAUGACAAAUGCCAGGAUGUCCCUGGACAUAUUAUCAAGAAGAUAAUCUGUACUAUGGUCCACCCAGUUCAACCUAAAAAGCCAUUCCUACACUGGGUUUCUGCUUAAAGUUGAAGCUCAAAAGAAUCAGUGAAAGAUUUGACCUUUUUAUUAGAGUCAUGUUGCUCUUUAUCAGUUGGCAGUUAGGAUCCUUGUGAUGAGACCUCCCUGUUGCUAUGAAUUCAAAACGAUGAAUUUUGAUAAAAUUCUUAAAGGGUCUUUGAUUCGAUUUGUAAAUAUUUUGUCAAUAAUUUUUAUAUUCGUUGUCAUCAUGGAAAUUGAUCUGUACUUUUAUUUCUUGGUAUAUCUCAGAAUUUGACAUCAGGCCAAAACAGAUUUCAAAGAUUGACUUUGGUAGUAUGCAUUCUGCUUGUAAUUGG